AAUUUGUUCGGUGGGCCCGUAUCGGCAUCACCGCAUCGUGAGGGAUUCGAAUUCACUGCUCCCACUUGGUACUAGACUACAAAUUGCCGCUACUAAAUUCUGCCACUCAUCAUAUCACGGAUCAAGCCGGCGGCAAUGAUUUAGAUGACCAGUCUUGACAAUGAUAUCAGGAUUCCGUCGGCCGUUUUCUGUAAACCUAUAACUAUCGCUGAUUUAUUAGUGCGGCUGAAGUGCUGAUAGCCAGUGAUAGUUCUACAAUCAACCUACAGUCUCCCUUUCCGUGUCCCUCAUGGCGUCCGCCGAGCUCGCUACGGAGCUUGUUUAUGGAGGGAAUUUAUUCUUAUAUGCCUACUCGACCUACCUGCUCAUGAUCUCAACCAAGCCAGUGCGGCUCAGGAUAUUCUACACGUGUUUCGGAGGCCUUCUCUUGCUUCUUUUGACCAUCAGCUUUGCAAGUAAUAACGCUUUCUGCGAACUGAUGUGGAUAGAGAGACAAAACUACCCUGGUGGCACCUCUGCAUUUCUUGCUGCAAAUAUGGCCGCCUGGACAAUGUCUUUGGCACAGCGGCAGACUACGGGACUCUUGCUGGCCGUAAUUGUCAUCCCUGCGAUUAUAUACUUGGGAUCUGCCACUAUGGCGUCCAUGAUGGUGAUUCAGAGUGCCAUGCCAACGUCAGAUCUAUGGCAGGGCCUUGCUGCACAAUUCGGCAUUUCAUGGGUCGCAUUAACUGUCGGAUUUAACAUUAUUGUAACUGCAUUGAUAAUCUAUCGGCUUGGGAGUCCUUACACGGGCAUUGCGGAAAUUCUGGUGGAGUCUGCCCUCCCUUUCACAGUUCUGGGAAUCGACUACCUUGCUACCUAUAUCCAAGGCGUCCCAAGUGCGACGGCGGUAGGAAUAGUUUGGGGAACCUUCGUGGUUGCGUUCGCAUGCGCUACUACAUUGAGGAUUGCUUCAGGGGUUGCGUGGUCAAGAGACACGGCCUCUAACAUCACUCAAACCACUCCUGCUUUACUAUCACAGCUCAUCUUCUGACAGCAGUAAUAUAACCAGGAAGAAAUCCGUGAUAGUAAGGCCUCGGGUAUAUGAUGCCACGUUCACCUACAAAUAUUUAGCUUUUGAAUUACAUGUUUUUUU